AGGAGAAUCGUGUCGUGUCGUCGUCGUCUUCUUUCUAGGGUUUCGUUGCGCCAUGAUCCCCAAUCUCUUCUAGGCUAGGCUUAGGGAUUCAUCAAAGAUCUGGAGACAGGAGAAGAUUGUUGCAUCGGAGGAGAGGAGUAGUAUGGUUUUCACCCCGUCGCCGCCAAUGCUCCCAAAGAACCUCCGCGCGCUCGGCCCCGGCUUGAAUCCCUUCGCUCCCUUCGGCAUGGGCAACUAUUCCUCUCGCUAAUUCCCCUCUUUUCUUCUCUCCGAUUCCGAUUCCUAUUCCGAUUCUGAUUCCGAUUUCGCUUCUAUUCCUCGCCUCCUAUAAUUUCUGCGGCUCUUGCCUCUUCAAUUUGCUUGUUUGCUUCCCCCCGGAUCUAUUCCAUGGUGCAGUUCCGCGCCUCGCUUAGCAUGAGCCGGGCCCGGACCCGCCACGGCGACGGCGACGGCGACGACCGCGGCUGGAACCAGCUCCACGUCGCCUCCCGCAAGGGCGACAUCAAGCAGGUGAGGCGUCUCCUGGAUGAAGGGAUGGAUGUCAAUGCACCUGCAUCGGGGCCAAAAUCACCUGGCGCUACUCCCCUGCAUUUGGCUGCUCAGGGUGGACAUGUUAAAAUCAUGGAUGAGCUACUGGAGCGGGGUGCAAAUAUUGAUGCUCGCACAAAAGGGGCUUGUGGAUGGACACCUCUGCAUAUUGCUGCUAAGGAAAGAAACAAAAGGGCUGUCAGAUUUCUGAUUGAGAAUGGCGCAUUCUUGCCACCUGACAUGAAUGACCACAGGUUCAAUCCUCCUCUCCAUUACUGCUCUGGACUGGAAUGGGCAUAUGAGAUGAAGCGCAUGCAAGACGAAAGUGAUUCGACCGGUGAAACUUCUCUGAGCUCAGAGAACUAGAGGAAAGCAAUUUCGUCAGUGGCAAAGAGGUCGUAAUCUUGAUCAAGAGAGUUUGUAAACAUCAAGGGUCACAUUUAUUCUGUGAAAACUAGAGAUUGAGUUACUAGUUGAAUCGUAACAUGCGAUGCGACAUGGUACUGGUAAUGCGAUGUGAGUGGUUACAGGAUUACUUGUGUGUUCGAUUUGUAUUGUGUUGCAAUACUACGCUGGUAGCAUUGUAUUCUGCUACGCAUUCUUAAUCAGUAUGAAUAUCUGGUUUGUUGUAUUCUGCAUUCAGAAUCAGAAUGAAUACCCCUUUUUUUGGGUC